GAUAAGCCAAAAUCUCAACAGAGAUAAAACAGUAACAUAUUACUGAAGCAUCGUUGAGAGGAAAGUCCACUUUUAUGAAGCGGACUGAAAAACAUGCCCGCUCACUUGCAGGAAGGCAAGUGGCCGCUGGGGGCGGAGCUCAUUGUUCCCACCUCUAGCUGGAGAGAGGAGGGAGAAGCGCCAUCAGCCUUCGGUUUCGGUUCUGCUUCGUGUCGGCCCCCCGGCGGGAUGACAAAUGAACUCUGAAAUUGCCUGCCUGGCCGUUGUGGAUCUUCAAAAAGGAUCCCUCUCUCAUGCCACACCCAACGCCCCUCCCCAUCGUUCUGGGGCAACUGGGGUGAUAAUAUUCAACACAGUGAGACAGCAUCUGUGAGCAAUGGAAAAAGUCCUCAAAUGGUUGAGAAACCUUUGCUCCAAGAAAGAGAGAGAAGGCCAAUCAGUGUUGCAGAAAAGUUCAAGUGGUGAGGAUGAAGCAUCCUACUAUGGCAGUAUCAAUGGAGGAGAUGCUGCGGAGGUGUCCUGUGCUCCUUGUGCUGGUGUUGCCAACCGGGGCUCUGUCACUUGUCCGACUUGCCAGGGUACUGGGAGGAUCCCCCGAGAGCAAGAACAGCAGCUAGUGGCCCUCAUUCCAUAUGGAGACCAGCGGCUGAAGCCCAGGCGAACGAAGCUGUAUGUAUCUCUCACAGUGGCCAUUUGCCUGCUGAUGACAAGCCUCAUGAUGUAUUUCCUGUUUCCACGCUCCAUUGCGGUACUCCCCUCUGGACUCAAUGCCUCCUCCAUCUCCUUUAACAAUUCUACUUACAGCAUCACUCUUAAUAUGACUAAUACACUGAAUGUGACAAACAACAACUUUUACACUGUGCAUGUGGCUCAACUUGCUAUUGAAGUCUUGCACAAGGCACUGGUAAUUGGGAAAAACACUGUGAUGACACAGCUGGACAUCAGACCCUUGAAUGGUGCUCAGAUAUUUUACAGCGUCUCCAGCACAAUCUUGGAUAAUAACACUUACAACAUUUGCACAUGGUCCAGAAUCAAAGUUCACAAUGUUCUCCUGCACAUACAGGGUACCCUGACUUGCUCUUAUCUGGCUCACACAGAGCAGUUGUCCUUUGAAAACUACCAAUAUGUGGACUGCAGAGAUAAUGUCAUGCUCCCUGGGAUGUCAUGAUUCCACUUUUCCCCAUAGCUGCCAUGAACUGCUGGAGGAGGUCCUGUUUGCUUCAUCUUCUGCUCUCUUCAAUGGAAUCGCAGCAGCAGCAUUUUCAUCCCGCCUGUGGACUGUAGGGUCAGCAAGGGAGGGGCAUUUUCAGCUUUGAUUUAGUAUUACCAGUUGUGCACAAAAACAAGAAAGGCAGCUGUGGCAGAACAUUCCUCUCAUUAAGGAAAAGAUCUGGAGAUGUUUGACAACUUGUGUCUUGAGAGACCAGUAGACAACUAUGGAAGAGAGACUACCAUGUUGAAGCUUUGGGAUUCUGUAAUGGAAUUUGCAUAAUCUUGGGCUGUGUGGAUCCAACUCUGUCUGCUCAGAUUGCAUUUAUCUUCUAUAAAUAUUUUCUGGAAGUCGCUGGCCUAGAAGAAUGAACCUUGUCAAGUGUGGGUUUUAUUGGAGGACUGGAGUUGUCCUUUGAGAUCUCCUUACUUGUUCAAAAUGAUCCUCCCCUGCUUGAGCAGCAGGGAAGAACUUUGGACUUUGCACUCUUUACUUGCACAGGCAAACACUGUUUCUAAAUGAGGUUGUGUAUUUACUCCUCUCUUUGCACUAGUCUCCUCUCCGACCAUGAGAUCAGCCCUUUGCAAUUGAGGCAACAGGGAGGAAGGAGAAGAAUGCACAGUACUGAAGAGGUUUUCGAAGUCACAAAUCUCCACGUUUAAAUGCCGUCUUUCCAAAUGUACUCCUUUCUUUUGGGGCGGAAUUGGAAAAAGAAUAAAGUCAUGUUUCUCUUUCUUCAUCAGUCUAGGCAAUUCUCAAAAACUGUUCUCCAAAAUAAAUAGUUUCAUAAAGAAAGAAAUAA